CGUCCUUCAAGUUGCUGCCAACCGGCGCAGGGUGGACGAUACACCGAUGACGUCGCUUAAGAAGCUGCCGUUCUCCACUACCACGACCGAUAAUGUGCCUGCAUCUUUAUUGUCUAACAACGUGACUAUCCAUGUGUUUGACGAGUGCCGCAAAAGCAGCAAAGAGUUUACGUGUCAGCGCGGUCUGCUGCUGGCGAAGAUGAAAUACUUUCAGGCGUACCUAAACGAGGCUAAUGAGCACGAUGAGAUCGACAUCUCCGUGCAUUGUGACGUAAAGAUAUUCGAGCUACUCGUGGAGUACAUGCACCAGUGCGACCACGAAUGGCGACCGCGCAUCACUCUCGAGAACAUUGCGUCAAUCCUCGUGUCCUCCGAGUUUCUGCAGAUGGAGGAGCUCGUGGAGGAGUGUGUGGCCUUUAUCUCGGGGUGCGUGCAAGAAUUUAUGCUACUGCGCGUGGACUUUGGAUGCCUGUCUGAUACCACCAUCUCCAAGAUUGCUAAUAACUGCGCACCCGAGCAGCUGCACGUGCUCCACGACCCCAAAGACAAAAUCCUGUCCAAGCUGCGACGGAAGAAGGUCGAGGCGCUGGUGAAACACGUGCAGGAGGGCGACCAACGACUCGAGCUGUGCUUAAAUUGCGAAUUGCUCUUUAUUAAGGAUGGUAGGGGCAGUGAAGGCUGUCAUAAAGGUAAACGUCGGAUCGGAAUACAUGGCGAGUUACAGGUGCGAGCAAAGGUGUUGCUUACUUGA